UAAUCUUUAUCAGAAAACCAAAAAUUCAAAAGAUCCAAAAACACAAAUCCUUUACAUCUUUCACGAACUUUAUCCUUUUCUACCGCUGGAGAAAUGAUGUAAUACCAACGAGAGAUUUCCAGCUAUUCUCUAAAAGCUCAAAGGACACCAUCCGAUUUUUCAUUGGUACACGUACGUACUUAUAUCAAAAAUACCAAACCAUGUCUCCCUCGAAUCAUUCCUAUCUAACUUGAAUCGAGAGAAGAUCGAAGAUCGUGUUUGGUGAAAAUGGCAAAGAAUUUCCUAAAAAGUAGUCUGGAAAAUGCCAGUUUAAACAUAAUUCUACAGAUCUCAUUUCGAAUAGUUACCUUUAUUUUGAACGCGUUCGUAAUCCGGCACGUUAGUCAAGAUGCCAUCGGAGUUAUGUACGUACGUUUAUUGUUACUGGAAUCCACUAUACUUACCUUGAGCCGUCUGGCGUUUCGGAAAGCCUGCAUUUCAAAAACAGAUACUCAUAAUUGGCCUCAAGUCAUUAAUUUAAUAUGGCUCACAGUUCCAUUAGGUGUCAUUACAUCGUUGAUAUUUGGAUAUAUCUGGCUAAACGUGCUAUCCCGUCCGGAAGAUCAUGUCACUCAACAUUAUACCUUCGGUGUUAUUUCCAUUGCUGCGAGUUGCGUUAUCGAGAUGUGCUCGGAUUCGUUGUAUUUGGUUUCUCAAGCAUUUCUUUUCGUCAAAUUAAGGAUUUUCGCCGAACUGAUACAAAUAUUUGUUAGAACCGUGAUUUUUGUGCUUCUGAUUUUGAAAUCCGCCGAACACGCUGUGCUGGCGUUCUCGAUAGCUCAACUUGUUUCUUUAAUGGCCUACGUUGUUUUUUUCUACGUUUAUUUUUACUGGUAUAUUCGAGCAAAUAAUCGACGACGAAGUGAAAUUAAAAAAGACGAAGGAACCGAUGACUUCCCGUUCCACAGCAUGGUUGAUUUUCUACCCAAACGUCUACAGAACUCGGAGCAAAUAGAUUGGAAAUUAUUGAUACUGACGUGGAGUUUCAUGAAACAAAGCGUUAUGAUGCAGAUUUUAACCGAAGGAGAACGUUACGUGAUGACUUUGAUCAAUGUGCUUUCGUUUUCUGAGCAAGGAGUGUUCGAUGUUGUUAAUAAUUUGGGUUCAUUGGCUGCCAGAUUCCUAUUUAGACCUAUCGAAGAAUCGGCGUAUUUUUAUUUCUCUCAACUUAUUCAUCGAGACGUUGAUAUACGUAAACAGAACAAAAGUUCCAUGGAUGAAGCUGCUCAUGUGCUGGAGAAUCUGCUUCGGUGUGUCUCAUCUUUAGGACUAUUGGUGUUAUUUUUCGGACAAAGUUACGCCAAAAUGGCCUUAUUACUUUACGGAGGAAGAAAUCUAGCCUUUGGUUUGGGUGCUAAACUUUUAAAAACCCAUUGCGUAGCUAUUUUAUUAAUGGCUAUCAACGGAUCGACUGAAUGCUACGCUCUAUCUACCAUGAACACAACAGAACUGAAUAAAUAUAACCGAAUAAUGAUCAUUUUCUCCGUAAGCUUUCUUAUCGCGUCUUGGCUGUUUUCUUCUUUAUUAGGAAGUGUCGGAUUUAUCGUCGCUAAUUGUUGCAAUAUGUUAGCUCGUAUUAUUUACUGUUCCUAUUUCAUAAAACGGAGAUAUAAAAACACACGGUAUAAACCUCUAUUUGGGCUUAUUCCUAAAAUUUGGUUUUUUAUUACACUGUUUGUGUCAGCUAUUGUUACUUUCGUCUCAGAGGUGUACUUAUUCGACGAGCAUUUAAUCGUUCACUUUUUCAUCGGCGCUGUACUCUUUUUGAUCACUGUUGCAAGCUGGAUGUACCAAGAAAAAGAACUCGUCGGUAUGUUAGUACAAAACUGGAAGAAAAAAAGAGAGUAAACCGAAGCAAGAUUGAAACAAGUCUAUUACGUAUUACUUUUCAAGAUUUUAAAUUUUUAAAUCUAUAUUUAUAAGAAUACUUUUUCUCCAAUAACGAAUCGAUAUCAAUUACUGUAAACGUGAACAAUUUUUUUUUUAGUGUUUGUUGCGCAAUAAAUUUUUUUGUUUUU